UCCAACUUUCUGAACAUGCCUAAUCAGGCUUGCCAGGCAUCAAAUCUUUCUGAACCUGCAAAUAUCCUCAUUCUCUCUUUACCAUUUCCCCAGAUCGAUAUCGACAUCGUAACGCACCGACACACAGGAACCGUGCCCCACCGAUUAAUAUUCCAAUAGGUGCUCUGACGUUCCUGAGUUCACCGUCAUCGAUUGCCCGGCCCGAAAAGAUAGCGGCCCCGCCAGUCAAUUACCUUUAGCAGAUACGAUUUCAUCCGUAUCGCAAAGCGCGACCCUCUUUUCACCUUCACCUCGUCCUUUGAAAGAAGCUCCUUCGAACACCUGCGAGCUUCAGCAAUUGGCACCACCUCGUCCUCCUACAGAUCUCAACGCAAAGUAGUCAAGAAAGGGCAAACAUAAACAAGAAAGCUGGGCAAAAAUGGGCAAACAACCCAACCUGUACAGUUUUCCUACUGUCGACGAGGUCGCCGCACACCUCCGGACCUACGUUCUCUCCUGCCAAAGAGCUGCUUUUCAACGCCAUGAUGUCUUCAAAGUCGCGGUCUCCGGCGGUAGCCUUCCUGCGACUCUAGCGAAAGCGCUGCUCGUCGCCGGCGCAAAUGAAGACCCCUCGUCCUCACCGCAAUUCUCCAAAUGGGAAAUAUUUUUCGCCGACGAGCGCGCGGUGCCCCUCGACCACGAAGAUAGCAACUAUGGCCUGUUGAAGAAAGAUUUGCUAGAUAAGAUCCCUGAAGAGCAAGGCACACCAACCGUCCACCCUAUCAACGUCAAGAACCUCGAAGACACACAAGAAUUAGCGGACCAGUACCAAGAAGCGCUCAUGUCGAGUUUCGCCAGCAAGGAUUCGGUCAAGAUACCGGUUUUCGACUUGAUACUUUUGGGUUGCGGUCCGGACGGACAUACCUGCAGUUUAUUCCCGGGCCACGAACUCCUUCGUGAGUCGGACGCCUGGGUCGCAGCCAUCGAAGACAGCCCGAAACCGCCUGCGCGACGAAUCACCUUGACCCUGCCCGUCGUUACCCACGCACAUCAUGUUGCAUUUGUUGCGACCGGUGGCGGCAAGAAAGACAUCCUCAAGAAGAUCCUCGAGGCUGAUGACGAGGGCCGAAGCUUGCCUUGCGGACUUGUCAAUGAGGGAGGUGGAGAGAAAGUCAGCUGGUUCACAGAUAGCGCUGCCGUCGAAGGCGUGUCGUUUCCGCGGAGAGGAAGUCUGUGAGAUUCAUGUCGACCAGAGGGGAAUAACAAGAAUCACAUUUAGAUCCGAGAGCGACGCCGCAUACACCCCACCUCCUCUCGAUCAUGGCUUUUGAGCAGUCAUGUCGCACGCACAGUGCAGGAGACGAGAGUGCGAAUGAGUCCCUGCAGGAACUUUGGCUUGAUGCACAUUCGUUCUAGCUAGGCGUACAGGAAGCGAAGCGGCUUGGGUUGGGAUGAUCACCUGACCGCCAGACGAGAUACCAUCGCUCGCUGAGAUUUCUU